AUGAGUCCUCCGCGGCUGCAGGGGGCGCUGUGGCGUGAGCUGAGCCACCUCUCCAUACAGAUAACAGCGGGCGAGCUGCCGGGCCGUGGAGCACAAGUGCGCAAUGUCGGGAAGCUGGUGAGACAUGCGGACUACAAUCCUGAUGACAUGAGCAACGACAUUGCCUUGCUGGAAUUGGACUAUCCUGUCCAGUGCAGYCCCUACAUCCAGCUGGCCUGUCUGCCWGAUGCCACACUGAGAGUGUCAGAGCUGAGAAACUGCUGGGUAGCUGGYUGGGGUGCCACCACUGCCAGAGCCGCAGAUCCAAAAUCCAGCGAUCACCUACAGGAGGCCAAGGUCCAGCUCAUCAAUGUCAAACUCUGCAACAGCAGCCGCUGGUAUGCAGGGGACAUCCACACCCACAACUUGUGUGCUGGUUAUCCACAGGGCACCAUCGACACCUGCCAGGGUGACAGUGGUGGCCCUCUCAUGUGCAAAGACAACCAUGCUGAGUAUUGGUGGGUCGUAGGACUGACCAGCUGGGGAAAAGGCUGUGCCAGAGCAAGGAAGCCUGGAAUCUAUACCUCCACUCAGUUCUUCUAUGACUGGAUUGUAUUCCAGAUGAGUCUGAGCCCAGAAGGAAGUUAUUCUGCAACAUCACGAGCAUGGUCUCUGCAGGCAUCUCCACCUGAAAUUAAUCUUCAACAGCCUUCAAGACUUAACAAAAUUCUGGCUGUGCCUUGCUCCAAAUUCAUCCUUAGCAAUUUGAGAGAUAUGACGGCCAAACAAAAACUACGCAAGUUUUUCUGA